AUGACAUAUUUGUCCCCGGGCCAGCAACGACCGGCCAACCCUCCCCACCUCCCUAACCCCGAGACAGCCUUGGGAUACCCACCGGACAGGCAAGGUAAUGAAAUGAGGCGAACCUGCAGCAGCCGAUCGCCGACGGAGAAAGAUCGCAUAUUGCUCUACCAAUGGCCUGUUCCAACACCCUCCCAAUUGGGUAUUACUGCUGCUAGUAGCAGCAACAACAGCAGCAAAGUCUCCGGGACUGGACACGGCGGGGCAGACGCACGCACUCCUCAUGCUGAAUCCGUGGCGGUGACCGCCUUUUUGCAGAUAUCUCAUGACAGAUUGGGUGAAUAUGUGGGCAUGGGGAGACGCUUUGGGGAGGGGCCAACUGGGAAUGCUAUGCAGGGACCACUGACCGCCAACAGGAGACCCAGUGGCCAAUAUGCCGAAGAGAUGGAAAAUUACCAGCUAGCUGGGUCCCAAGUGCUGCAACAAGGCAUGGGUGUUGGAUGUAAGGGGGAAAGCUUGGACAUGAUGCAAAAGCCGGGUUGGGUGGAGUGGGCUACCUUGAGCUAUCCCCCGAAUCGUGAUAGCGGCAACAGCAAUGGCUUUGAAAUCAGCAAUCCAAAGGGAGGAAAAUGGAAAAAUACGGAACAAGGGGGGACUACCUGGAACCCAGAGAAUUGGGAUUCGAAAUUUGGUGUCCCGGAAAGUGUCCGUUGGCAUGGCGCUAAUGCCGAGUAA